AUGGCUGGAGGAGGAUCCAGUUCGAGUCCUUCUCGCACUCUUUUAAACACUCCAACUUGGGCUCUGGCUACUGUAUGCUUCAUCUUUAUUUUCCUUGGAAUUUUCAUUGAACACUUGAUCCAUCUUCUUUGUCAUUGGCUCAAAAAGCAUAGGAAGACCGCUUUGUUCGAAGCUGUGGAGAAACUCAAAUCAGUGUUGAUGCAACUAGGAUUUUUAUCUCUAUUAUUAGCAGUAAUACAAAGGCCAAUAUCCAAAAUAUGCAUACCAAAUAGAAUAACAAACUCCAUGCUUCCUUGUAAUCGUGUUCUACUCGAUUCUACAAAAAGCAUCAAUUCAGAAGAUCAUUGUGGCUCCAGAGGGAUGACUUCUUUCAUGUCACAAAGUGGAAUUAAUCAGCUAAACAACUUCAUAUUUGUGCUAGCAGUCAUGCAGAUUGUGUACAGUGUUGUCACAAUGGCUUUAGGAAGAGCCAAGAUGAAACGAUGGAAAAGGUGGGAGGACGAGACGAAGACCAUAGAAUAUAUGGCAGCCAAUGAUCCUAAUCGAUUCAGAUUUACAAGAGAAACCACAUUUGGUCGACGCCACAUGAACAAGUUUACAAACACUUCUUCUCUGCUUUGGAUUAAAUGUUUCCUGCGGCAAUUCUUUCAUUCAGUAGCCAAAACUGACUAUCUUACAUUACGCCAUGGCUUCAUUACGGCACAUUUACCUUCCACCAACGCCUUGAAUUUUCAAAAGUACAUUGAACGAUCUUUAGAGGAUGAUUUCAAAGUCGUCGUUGGCAUAAGUCCUUUCAUGUGGUUAAUAGUGGUCAUCUUCUUGUUAGUUGACGUCCAUGGUUGGAACAUCUAUCUUUGGGUAUCAUUUCUCCCACUCAUAACAGUGUUGGUGAUUGGGACUAAGCUGGAGACAAUUGUGGCCCAAAUGGCUCUUCAAUUGGAAAAUCAAGAAAAUGUCAUCAUAGGAUCCCCAUUGGUGCAACCUAAUGAUAGUCUAUUUUGGUUUAAUCAACCUCAAUUUGUUUUGACCCUUCUCCACUAUACCCUUUUCAUAAAUGCAUUUGAACUGGCCUUCUUUAUUUGGGUGACGUGGCAAUUUGGAAUAAGCUCUUGUUAUCAUGAGCAUGUGGAGAUCAUUGUUGUCAGGGUAGUUUUGGCGCUGAUGGUUCAAGUACUUUGUAGUUACAUUACUUUGCCUCUCUAUGCCCUUGUUACUCAGAUGGGUUCACAUUUCAAAAGUGCAUUGUUGGAAGAACACAUAACACAAGCCAUAAAGCAUUGGCACACAGAAGUGAAGAGGAAGAAAAAGAACAAGCUGCAGGGAUUAGAGUCAUCAGUUGCUACGACACAAAUUACUUCUCCAGAAAUAAAAUUAAGUGCUAGUGCUCAUGAAAUUCAAGAGAUCUCUGAAGAAUCACCAAAAGUAAAUAUAGUCCAUCAAAAUGAAUCACAAAUAGGUGUUGAUUGAAAGAGCAAAAUUAAAAGAAAAAAUAUAAGUUUUUUCACUAUCUAGGAAUUAAAUACUUGGGGUUGUUUGGUAGGGUGUAUACGAAAAAUG